AUGGAAGUUGGAAAAGGUAUAAAGCUCCCAACACCUUAUGAGAUUUCAGAUGUGUAUUUGACAUCGGAGUAUGAACAAGUUCGUGAAUGGGUAAAUGAACUGAAGACGCAUUGGAAACAACUGGGUGCAACUCUGAUGUGUGAUGGUUGGACCAAUAGUUUAAAUCAAAUGCACAUCAUCAAAUUCCUUGUUUAUUGUAGUAAAGGAACCGUAUUUUGGAAAUCUGUGGAUGUCUCGAGCGUUCGUAGUAGAGAUGCUGAAUUCUACUAUAAUUUGUUAGACAAAGUUGUUGAAGAAAUUGGGGAAGAAUACAUUAUCCAAAUAGUGACCGACAAUGAGGCAGCAAUGAAAGCCGCUGGGAAAAGAUUAAUGUUGAAAAGAAACCAUCUUUAUUGGACCUCAUGUGCAGCUCACUGCUUAGAUUUAUGUCUUGAGGAUAUUGGAAAAAAGUCUAGUGUAGCAAAAGUGUUAGAGGAAGCGAAGAAAGUGAUAUGCUUCAUAUAUAAUCACAUUUGGACCGUUGAUUUGAUGAAGAAGUAUACUCACGGUAAGCAAAUUCUUCGCCCUGCUCUUACUCGAUUCGCUACUCAUUUCAUACAGCUUGAGGAGAUAACAAGGCAAAAACAAGGUUUGAGAGAGAUGUUUAAGUCAAAGGAAUUCAGAGAAUCAAAAUGGGGACAACAAAAAUCAGGGCCUGCUUAUGAAGCCAAAAAAAUUGUUUUGGGAAAAGAUUUUUGGAAAAAAUCCGUUGAUAUCAUAAAAGUUUACGAACUCCUAGUCAAAGUGCUAAGGCUUAUUGACGGUGAUGAAAAACCAACAAUUGGUUUUAUUUAUGAGGCCAUUGAUAGAGCUAAACGAGCAAUUAAGGAAAAUUGUCGAUAUUCCAUCGAGUUUGAAAGAAUUAUUGAUAAUAGAUGGAAUUUUAUGCAUUCCGACUUGCAUUCAGCUGCUUAUUUUUUCAAUCCUCAAUUUCAAUUUGGGGUGGAGCAUUAUGAGAAUGUAUUAGCAGAAACAUUAGAAGGAACAAGAUCAAUGAUUGAAAGAUUAGAACCUUCUAUUGAUAAUCAAAUCAGAAUGGUUAAUCAGGCACAAAGAGCUUGGAAUCAAAUGAAUCCAGCUGAGUGGUGGAUGAUAUAUGGCACAUGUACUCCUGAAUUACAACGAUUAGCAACUAAAGUGCUUAGUCAAACAACUUCUGCAUCAAAUUGUGAACGAAAUUGGAGCACAUUCAGCUAUAUUCACACCAAAGCAAGAAACAGGUUGAAGUACAAAAAACUUGAGAAACUAGUGUUUACCUAUUAUAAUAUGAGACUUAAAAUAAGGCAUCAAAAAAGAAUGAGUAUUGAUGAUAUAAACGCUAGUUACAAUCCUAUAAGCCUUGAUAACAUCUUUGAAGAUGUUGAUUCACUGUUAGAAUGGCUUCAAGAGAAAGAGAAUCCAUUAUUAGAUGGUGAAAAUGCUGGUGUGUUGCUGUGGAUACCUCAGAUGAUGAAAUGA